AUGUCGACCUUCGAGCCGGUCAUUGUCAUCGAUGGCAAGGGUCACCUUCUUGGUCGCCUGGCCUCUACGGUCGCGAAGCAGCUGCUGAACGGACAGAAGAUCGUUGUUGUGCGCUGCGAGGCACUCAACAUCUCUGGCGAGUUCUUCCGAGCAAAGCUAAAGUACCAGGCUUUCCUCCGCAAGCAGACUCGUUACAACCCCACCCGUGGAGGUCCCUUCCACUUCCGCGCCCCUUCCAAGAUCUUCUGGCGAACCGUCCGUGGCAUGAUUCCCCACAAGACCGCCCGUGGUGCCGCCGCUCUUGAGCGCCUGAAGACUUUCGACGGUGUCCCACCCCCAUACGACAAGAAGAAGCGCCUUGUCGUUCCCCAGGCUCUCCGUAUCCUCAGGUUGAAGCCCGGCCGCAAGUACUGCACUGUUGGUCGUCUCGGCCACGAGUUCGGCUGGAAGUACCAGGAUGUUGUUGCCAGGCUCGAGGAGCGAAGGAAAGUCAAGGGUGCCGCAUACUACGAGCGCAAGAAGGCUGCCCGAAGGCAGUUGAGCGAGGCCCAGAAGACCGCCAAGGUUGACGGAAAGGUCAAGCAGCAGCUUGCUGAGUACGGAUACUAA